CAGGAAAGUGAACAAUACUUGGAUGUUCUGGAGUGUGCUUAGAAAGGUCACUGUUGGAGAGUCAGCUGGUGCAGAGAGAGUGCUUUUUCUUUCUGUCUGAAUGUGUGAUGGAGUCUGGUUUUCUCACCUUUAUUCUUGGGCUUUCAUUCGCGGUACCUUCUUCUCAGUUUGGCCUCCCAGACUGGGACGAUGUUGUGGUGGUCAGAGAAGGGCAGCCCACUACUUUAGUCUGCACUGAUAAAGCCCCCCCGAGGGAGGCCGUGGCUAUUAACUGGCAGGUGAAGCUGGUGGGUGAGAAAGACUGGAAACUGGUCCUCUCAGCCAACGAGAGGAGAGAGUUUUCUGGAGGUGCCUCAAAGGCAUCCAUGCGAUUGACUGACCUGAACUAUCAAGACAGCGGGAUUUUCUCUCUGUUCUUUCUUCCCAAAAUGGAGGACUGCGGCUACUACUCAUGCUUGAUAAAGCAUCGAGAGAUGAAGCUAAAGGAGAGGAUUAUCCUCUUAGCUAUCCUUACAGUCACUAUUGAGCCGGCUGCACCCAUCCCUCAACAGAGUACCCUUCGGCUGAAAGCCACGGUUAACCCUGACUUUGCCAUCACCAAGAUCACCUGGGCAGCACCUGGCGAUGUUCCAAUAAAGACUGAUAGGACAAACAAAGGCACUGAAGCCAAACUGCCAAUGGUGCAAAAAAGCGACCGUGGGGCCUAUGAGUGUAUGGUUCACGCACUGGGCAGCAGCAGCACCCCCCUGUUUGCUUUCAAUGUAGACAUCACUGUUGCUGACGAAAUGAUCUCAUCCCGCAAUAUAACAUACAUUGCUGAUAUCUCCACCGCCACUCUGGCUGAAACACCUGUCUCCCUGACCUGUCCAGUUGUCUCAGGGGAUUACGUCAGGCUGUGGUGGCGGCCUCCUGAUAGCAAGCGUGACAUGAUCAUGGUGUACCAGUAUGACCGCUGGAGGGCCUCCACCAGACCUAGACAGAUUAAAAAAGGACUCGUCCUCGCAGGACCGCCCUACAACGCAGAAGCAGGGAGCUUCUCCUUUCUACUCACCCCUGAUAUAAAUGAUAGCGGCUUCUACCAGUGUGAGGUGUUCCUCGAUGACAAGGCUUUCUGCAUAAGGACCAGUGUCAGCAUACUGAAAGUUACAGCCACACGUUCCCCCAAGAAACUGGAACUGGAGUGCAAAUACAAGGAGAGAUCCCACGUCCGCAGUGCCAAGUGGAAAUAUCAGAAUGAGAGUCACAAACUUCAGUUUAAAAGCAAGAACCCUGGCAGCAUCUCCAUCUCUCUGCCUUUACCCAUCACCUCUGACAUAGCGGGGAACUACACCUGCACCCUACAGCUGAGGAACGGGCAGACUGUCUCAGCAUUGCAUGCAGUCACCCUACCCUAUAAAAAGAGAGUCAGUGUGACCACCCCCUCCCUGCUCCCUUCUCUCUCUGCUUUAUUACUCCUGGUGCCCCUGGUUGCUGCUGCUGUCGGUGUGUUGCUAUGGAGACAGAAACACAUCUCUGAUCGCGGUAUUGAGCAGUCUCUGUCUGUCUGCUCCGGCGAAGUGGAGAACGUCUACGAGAAUCCUGAGGACAUCAGACAGGCCUCUCCCCAGAGUUCAGUCUACAUGGAUUUGAAACCAAGAGAAGAGGAUGAUGUCUAUAAGGAAUUGGAGCGAUGCGAACAGUGUCAGUGCUGAUCACCUACCCACAUCUCAUCCUCAUCCAGCUGUCAUAAUCGCUCAGUUCCUGGCUGCAGCAGAGAGCCUUUAUAAACGGAAGUAACAACUAAAUGUCAGAGUUGAAAUGUGAUGAAAAAUUUGAAUGCUUCAGGGAAAUGAGACUCAAUUUUUUUAAAUGUUUUUGUUCUUUAAAAGUGUUCUAUUGCAGAUCUGCUUAAAAGUCAUGUUAUAGGCCAGAGAAGAAGGGAAAAGUGCCAGAUUCUCACCACUGAGUCUAAAGUGUGUGCUAUCCAUUUAAAGUUCAUACCAUCUUUGCCUGCAUAUUUUUACAAUCUACAGUUGUUUGUAUUUUCUUAAAGCUACAGUGAGGAACUUGUAGUUUGUAUUGAUUUUGGAGCCCCCUGUGGCCAAGCAGUGGGACUAUUUGCUGAUUUUAUCAUGUACAUGUACAGGUAGUGGCUGAUGGUGCAGGGGUCAGCACUGUAGCCUGACAGCAAGAUAGCCUCUGGUUUAAGUCCUGAUAAAACAGGGCCAUUCUGUGAUGAAUGUGCAUGUUCUAGCAUGCAUGCGUGGGCUCUUUUCAGGUAUUCUGUCUUCCCUCCACAGUCCAAAGACAUGCUUAUCAGGGUAACUGUAGACUCAAUGGACUAGUCUUUGAACAUUUUCCUCCUCCAUUAUCAAAAAUAAUCUUGUGCACAUAUGCUACAUUCUCAAAAACAUAUUUGUUCACAUAAAAAAGCAAAAAAACAAAAAGACAAAACAACACCUACAAAAAAACACUUUUUCCUGUACUGUAAAGACAACACCAUGUCAACAAUAUAAUCUGCCUUUCUCUGUGCAAGCAAAGCAGCUCACUCAGAGACAGCAACAAGGCAUUGACAUGAACAUUUCUAGCUAUUCCACUGCAAUGACCAUGUUGUUUUCAAGUUGUCCCAACAACCCAAUCCAGGUCUGAUCAUUAGAAUAGUGGGAGAGCCCCUGUGCAACAUUAAGAACAGCAAGCGUUUGCUGCAUUUACCUUGGUCUUGGAUUGGCUGGACUGGCGCAAUGUAUUUUCUUACAGAAUUCUGUUCAGGCUGGACAUAUGAUGUCAUUUUCAGUUGAACUGUUCCUCAUAAAUGAAUGUUGGAAUUUGACUAAAUCAUCAACAAAGCUGCCGUUAGCUCACUGAUUGUUCCACCUCUUUGGAAAUCUUUCGAAGGCCUUAUAUGUCAGACACCUGCAAAAACUCAGACACCAGUCCAUCUUAUUUCUAGUCAUGUUGUGCUCCAGCAGAGUUACAGACACCUUGUUUUGUCUGUCAAAUUUAUUUAAAAGAAAACCAAAAUUAAAGAGAGAAUUCUCUUUAACUCUUCAACUUUGGCAUGGUUUUAUAAAACGGAUUUUUAUGGUCUUGGCCUCUGUCUUGACUCGGCCUGGACCCCAAAAGUCUUGGUCUUGUCUCGGUCUUGGUGCACUCUGGUCUUGGGCAAGUCUUGGUCUCAGAUAGUGUGGUCUUUAGUACAACACUACUGUUGCCUAAGCAGUUCCUGAAUCGAUACUUUUGAGAGAGAAGAGUGUUGAAAGUUGGCAGGAGAAUACAAACUAUCUGGGUAGUGUAAAUGACUGACAGAAAUGUCUUUAAACGAUGCCAGUAGAAUAUGGGAUAAGAAAAGAAAACUGAUGUAACUUCUUUAUGUAAGUGGCUCAAGCAUAAGUCAAAUACUGGCAUUGCAUCAAAGACAAACAAUAAAGUAAAUGUGUCAGUCAGUGUGAUUAUUUCUGCAAAAAAAAAAAAAAAGAACAGUACAACAAUUGAGAGACAUUCAUGCUCUGCUUAAAUUAUGUGAGUUCACAUAAACCACAAAAAAUUACAUAAUGCAUUUCCUGCCUUUCCUUUGGGGGCGCAUUGGGGUGGAGGGGUAUCGAUGUCUGUGUUGUAAAUUGGUCUGGUAGGUUUUAGGCACUGGUACCAUGUCUGUAGCAGAAUUCGAUACUCAUCUGUACUGGUGGUACCGCUAGCAUUCUAGCUAAAAUUAGCACUCACUAGCUAGCUAACGUGCUAAUUGCAAUGGUGGCAAAUUUUGAACAAGCAAAGGGCAUUUAUGACCAAAUUAGUUUAUUUCCUUAAAUUAAAAAUGUAGAAAAAUACAAGUUAGUUGAAUUUAAUGGUGAGUGAAAAUAGCUGUCAAAUUUUGAUGAAAAUAUGCCAUUAAAAAGAAGAAGGAGAGGAAAACAGAGAUGGUUAAAUCAUUAUCUCUUCCUAAGUGCAAAACUGUGGUGCACCGUGUGUUUUUGGACAAUACUUGAGAUUAGAGCUGUGUAUCAAAGUGAAUUAUACUGUUGGAAACUAAACAGAUGGACAUCUGUGAUUUGGACCACACUAUUUUUCCUGUCUACACAUAAAUGUCUUUAAUGGAUUUUCUAAAAAUCUUCACCAAAUUUUCCAAAGGUACAUUUUCUGUGACCUAAAAUGUUAUUUUCAUUCUUACAAAAAAACCAAAGCACACAGAAAAAUUCUCAAAUACCCACCUACACAUAGGCCUAAAUUGUCUGCAGGGGGACUGUGGUAGUAUGUCUUCAUAUGUCUGCUACAGACUGAUGAUCUGUCCAGGGUGUACCCCACCGCUCACCUAACAACAGGAUCAGCCCAAGCCCCCAUAACUCUGAAUGGGACAAAUGGUACAGAUAUGAAUAGAAAGACGGAUGGAUGGAUGUGCAAUUGUUGUUUCUUGUGUUUUUACAAAAAGUUUCAUCCUGCUUUCUUCAAAGGGGACAUACUAUGCAAAAAUCACUUUUUCAGGCUUUUCUAACACAAAUAUGUGCCCCUGGCCUGUCCACAAUCCCCUCAAGUACCAGAAAAAUCCAUUCCCUCUCGCCCUCUGUUUUUCCAUCUUUCAGAAAAUGUGUGCUGAAACAAGCCGUACCUAGUGACCUCACAUGGGGCGUAAGCACCCGCCCCCAGAUUUGGUUGGCCUUCCCCAACUUGGAAGAAAGCUCCACACUCGUAUACUGAUCCUCUGAGCUGCUAGCUGAGAUGCUGGAUAGCUCAGUGGGUUACCCUGCUGGCUAUUGUCUAGGAGAUUGAUAGUUCAAAUCCUAGUCAGGUCCUAAACUUUGGAUAAAAGUGUCUGUAACAUCAGAAGUGCUGCAUCUAUUUCGUGAGAGGGGUGGAGUCAGACAGCUAAUCUCUGAGACUGAUACAAACUUAUUUUAAAAGGGUAAGAUAUGUUCCCUUUAAACAAUAAUAAUUAUAUUUGUCAUGCAAAAAUAAGAAAAGUUUGUUAAGGCUGCAUGAUGACCCCCAUGGUGGUUUUAGGUAGUUCUCAAAAACAAACAUGCUCAGCACUUUCACUGAUGGUCUUGUUUGAUUUUGUAGGUUAUAAAGUGAUAGCAGUUUUCAUACGGGUCCAUUUCAUGAUUAGUUAAAAUGCAUCAAAGGAGCUUUAAAUAUUUUACCUUGCACCAGCUGUAUGUACUUUUAUGUAUACCUGUAUUUCAAUAAAGGUACUUCUAAUAAGCA